AUGGACAAGAGUGACAACGCUAAUAUCAUUGCGCCAGCCCAGAGAAAGAGAAGACGAUCGAUUAGUGAUGAUGCUGGGAGAUCAUCCCCCGGCACUACUGAGCGAAGCUUGACAUCCGCAGACUAUGCUAUCGGCUGGAUCUGCGCUCUAAGUGUAGAGUACGUUGCUGCGCAAGUCUUUCUUGACGAGAAGCACCAGACACCAGAGCAUGUGCACCCAAGUGACGAUAACGACUAUACACUGGGCAAGAUUGGGCGGCACAAUGUAGUUAUCGCCGUUUUGCCCAAAGGCGAGUACGGGAUUUCAAGUGCGACGGGCGUUGCAAAGAAUAUGCUGCAUAGCUUUCCAAACAUUAGAAUCGGUCUAAUGGUUGGCAUUGGCGGCGGCGCUCCCAGCCAAAAGCAUGAUAUACGGCUGGGUGAUGUCGUGGUUAGUGCUCCUUGCGACGGAACUGGGGGCGUUAUCCAGUAUGACUUUGGCAAGGCAAUCCAAGAUAGAACUUUUCAUACGACAGGGUUUCUUAAUCAGCCACCAAGAGUUCUCCAAACUGCAGUGAAUGGGCUUGAAGCAGAUUAUGAGAUUUACGGCCAUAAGCUCGAAGAGGCUAUCAACAAUGUUCUUGACAAGCUACCAAGGCUACGACGAAAGUAUGGGCGGCCGCUGCCAAUUAGUGACAGACUAUACCAAUCCUCAGUGGCUCAUCCUUUAAAUACCGAAGAAAAUUGCGCCAGCUGCUGCGGAGAUCUCUCAUCGGAUAUAGUAGUCCGGGCUGAUCGCACUGAGGAAGAUGAUAACCCAGCUAUUCAUUACGGCUUGAUUGCCUCGGCAAACAAAGUGAUGAAAGACGCCCUUAUUCGGGACAGGCUGAUUAAAGAGAAAGAUGUUUUAUGUUUUGAGAUGGAAGCAGCAGGACUAAUGAAUCAAUUUCCGUGUUUAGUGAUUCGUGGUAUUUGUGACUACUCUGAUUCUCAUAAGAGUAAAGAGUGGCAAGGCUAUGCAUCAAUGACAGCCGCAGCAUAUGCCAAGGAUCUUUUGUCUAGAGUCCCCCCCAGCAAAGUUGAGGCCGAGAGUCGGAUUACAGAUCUUCUUCAAGGUUGGUGGUUGACCAGCUUAAUAAUGAUGGUGAAUAAAUAUUAA